AUCCUGCCCCAGCUGGGCUGGGCUGGGCUCCGCUCCGCUCCACUCCGCUCGGCUCGGGUCCGCUCGACUCCCAGCUCUCCGCACCCGCUGCCCGCCCGUCAGCCCGCCCGCCCGCCUCUGGGGGCAUGAGGCGCUGCUGGCGGACAGCGGGUCAAACAAAAGAGCCCCGGCUCAGGCUGUGCGCCCCGGUGCCCAGCGCCCCCCGCGCGGGGCAUGGAGACUGAGCGGAGCCGCCCGAGCCCGCGCCGCGCCCGGGGGAUGCCGCGGCCCCAGCCCUAGGGGAGCCCCGGCCGCCCUGCUGGAAGCUCGGGGCGCGGGCGCGGGGAGGACGCAGAGGAGGAGAAGGAGGAAGAGAAGAAGAAUUUGGAGGAGGACUCUCUCUGGCUCCCAGUUUCUCGCCUUCCAGCCAGCCCCAGGGCGCGGAGCAAAGCCAGAGCGCAGCGCACUCGGAGCCCGAGCCGGAGCCGGAGCCCGAGCCGGGGCGGCAGCGGCAGCGGCAGCAGCAGCAGCAACAGCCAGGGGGGCAGCGCCGCGGUAGCGGGUCCCACGGGAGCCAUGAGCAAGUGUAACGGGAGGUGCACGCUGGUCGGGUUUUGCUGCCUGCAGCUGGUGGCAGCUCUGGAGCGGCAGGUCUUUGACUUCCUGGGCUACCAGUGGGCUCCCAUCCUGGCCAACUUCCUUCACAUCAUGGCGGUCAUCCUGGGCAUCUUUGGGACUGUGCAGUACCGAUCCAGAUAUCUCAUCAUGUAUGCAGGCUGGCUUGUUCUCUGGGUCGGCUGGAAUGCAUUCAUCAUCUGCUUCUACCUGGAAGUUGGGCACUUGUCUCAGGACCGAGACUUCAUCAUGACCUUCAACACGUCCCUGCACCGCUCCUGGUGGAUGGAGAAUGGCCCCGGCUGCCUGGUGACCCCCGUGCUGAACUCCCGCCUGGCCCUGGAGGACCACCACGUCAUCACCGUCACUGGCUGCCUGCUCGACUACCCCUACAUUGAGGUGCUCAGCAGCGCCCUUCAGAUCUUCCUAGCACUGUUUGGCUUUGUGUAUGCCUGCUACGUCAGCAAAGUGUUCCUGGAGGAAGAAGACAGCUUCGACUUCAUUGGAGGUUUUGAUUCCUACGGUUACCAGGCCCCUCAGAAGACAUCACACUUACAGCUGCAGCCUCUCUACACGUCAGGGUAGCCCCCGCCGCGGCCCUGCCCGGCGCUGGACACCGGACCCCACCCUCUGGACUUGACCGUGCCCGAGGCGUCUUCCUCUCCUCGCCUGGCCCGCCCGCUGCGCAUCCAGCCCAGCCGAGCUCUCCUCUGGGCCAGGGCCCAACGCCCACGCUGCGGGGCGGCCACCCACGGAGUCACGGAUAGGGACGCCCCCUGCCGGCCCGCGAGGACACAGACCCGACUCGGACUUGUGGGCGGAGGACGGGACUGGACCCUGAGCAGCUGGCGGGGCCCCUGGCCUAGCCCUGGGAACUUGGGGGGGAGGGAGGGGAAGGGACUCGUGGGAUUUGUAUGAUUUUUUUUAACUUAGCCCUGGUACUGAGCCUGUACCCCUCCUCUCUGAUCUUACCCGUCUUCUUCCUUUCCUUAUGUGGCAAUUACAACCCCUUCCACUGGGGAGCCCCUCCCCCCCACAGUGGAACCCCUCUCCUUUCUAUUGUGGGGGACCCAUCUUCCAGGAGGGCAGAUUGUCGAAGGGACCCCAAAGUCAAACAAUAACAUGUAAAGACUCCCGUUCAGCCCAGGCUUCAGCCCCAGAACUGCCAUCCCCCUCUCUUCUACACAUGCCAUCCAGACCGCAGCUCCCUAUCUUUCUCAGUAAUCUAGCAUCCCACCCCUACAGGGCAGACAUCAGCUUCAUAACCCACAUACACUGCUUCCAUCCUCCCUCACACAGCCCUACAUCUCACAGCUUUAUAUCUCCUUUCACUACCACUCAGGUACAGAGCCACCAUCUUCCCCUAUCAGCCUCCCCCACCCCCCAUCCCUGCCCCUCCCCCCAUAAGCUUGACAUACUUCCUGGCCCAUCUGCCAAUGUCUCUGUCAAAGCCAAUAGAACAAUUCCUGGUGUUGGGAAAAAGGUGCCAGGGGCCAGUGAUAGUAGGUAGAGCAGUCUCCUUCAUGGAGGGAAUUCCUACACCACACCACCCCCCCAUUCCAUAAAGGAAAGUCUGGGACCACUCUUUCCCUUCUUGGCUGUCCUUGAUCUGGGCCAGUCACAGUGAUUCCUCUUGUACCGAGCCAAACACCUAUUCCCUCCUCAUUUCUCAUGCUACGUUUUUGUCCUUUGCCCUAGUCCCACACACUUCCUGACCCAGACAACACACACACACACACACACACACACACACACACACACACAUACACACACAUACACAUACACAUAUACACACACACACCUUCCUGGGUGACCCCUCUUUUCUGUAGGGCCUAUCAAAUCCCCUUGGAACUCAGGAACCCAAGGCACUGGGGAGUUUGGAGGUCACCCAAAUCUAACCUACUUUUCCACAUCUGUAACAUAUAAACAAGGAGGGGGAGAGGGUACUGCAUGCGGGACCAGGACCCUCGGAAGGGCAGAGUCCCCACCACUUCUCUGGAGAAACCGGUGUCUCCUUUGACUGUGGAUAUACUCCUUCCCUUCCUAGGAGCAGGAAGCUUGCUAGGAGCAGUGGUACCAGGACUAAGUUCUGGAUGGAAUGCUUGGGACAACUGGCUCGGUCCUCGGUAUUCCUUUUUCUCAUCUGUGAAGAGGGUGCCAUUUCUGUUUCCUGAUGCUGGCCUGUCCAGCACAAUGAAAGGAUGCAUCAGAUUAGCUCUUGGGAGCGGAGGUGUGGGGGACACAGAGAUCUCAAGAGAAAGAGGAACCGAGUCUCAUCUUGGGCUUUGAUGGUGACAUCCUCUGGCCUCUCAGACAAUCUUUAGCAGCCACUAACCCUUCUAGGGGCAAAGCGUCCCAGCAGCUGGAUCGGGCCACUGACACUCUAGGUCAGAGCUUAGCAAUAGUCCUUCCAUUAUUUUGUGCCUGGCCUCUACUCCUUUUCUUUACUGACCUUCCUAGCACUGGAGCCCUUGGCAAUCCCAGCCCCUGCCUCUUGCCUUCUGGCCAGCCUGGGGAAUGAAGAGGGAGGAAGUAACUCAAUUCAGGUUAGCUCCCUUCAGCGCCUGGGCUAGCAUUCCCUCUUAUCCCCGUCCCCCCCCCCCCCCCCCCGCCCCCAGUAUCACUCCCUGGGCCAAAUGCUUCCAGUCUCACCCUCUCAACGCUCUCCCUUGCCCAGGCUGGUUCCUCCACACAUCCCGAGCUUUCUGUUCUCCGCCUUGGGCCAGAGACUUCCUCUGCAUGCCCAAGCUGAUGUUCUCCUUACCCCCUUUCCACCUCCCUCCCUUGUUUUUACUCAACAGGUUUAGUCACUGGUGCUUUGAAGCCUUUUAAUUUUCUAAGACAGUCUUUGUAAAGUGAAUUGGUUUCUUUUCUAAUCUGGGCCAGAAGGACACUAUAUUCCCCCAACCGCCUGCCUUUCCCCCAAAGGUGCUCCCUUGGUUUCUGUGCAGAUGGGUUGAUUAAAAAUGGUGUUUUCUCUUUCUUUUC